GGUGGUGUAGUUGAGCCCCUCACAAGAAUCCUUCUGGCUAUGUCCGCCAUCUGGAAUGUGGAGUCACUUCCUCUGUCUGCCCCGCACUCUGACGAGUUGUCCUCUGCCUCUUCAAUCCCUCCCUCUGCUCUGACAGCACAGCAAAGAACCGCUGGAGACCACUGCAGUGCACGUCCUCUGACAGGACACGCUGAGAGAAAGUUAAAACUCCUGGAGCUCACGUCCAUCUAGACAUGCUGUAGAUGGAAUCUGGACUUGGAAGAAACAAAGACAUCUGCUGUCAUCAGCUAAACCCACUGGAGGGUGUUCCUUUUCCCUUAUAUGGCAAGAGAGCUGGGGAAUCAUUUGAAUUAGUCUGGUUUCUGUUGCAUGCCUGUCUGGUUUAGUGCUGACUGAGUUCCAUCUGGAGUGUUUCUGCCUUUGCGGUGUGCGUGAAAGGGUCCUGUGUGUGUGCGACUCACUCUAUCUGUUUUGCCAUCCUCGAUUUCUCUUUCUCUCAUGCUUGCAUGUGGGGUUGAGGUGGAGGUGGUGCCAGUGGCUCACCGUAGCUACUUCUGCUGUGUUUUCCUGAACAUCUUUCUCUUUUAAGUUGCAUUGUUGUUUGUGGUGUGUGGUCAUUUGUGCCACACAUGCACUAAUGCGCCACAGCUUGCUAGCUAGGAGGGGAAAUGAACGUCUUUACACAAGGUUUCAUCCAAAUGGUGGACUGGAGCUUCUGCUGAGGACUUCAGGGAGUGCUGGACUGGAUCAACCCAAGAAUUCGAUGGAUGUUGUUUUCCUCUUUCAGUGACAUAGAACGGAUGGCUAAAAGCAAAGCAGUGACCCAAGAAGCGUUCUCUGAGACACUGGCAAAAAGGAUCAUGGGUAAAUUAUUAUCUCAAGAGGAUCAAUGCACUUUGAUGCUAAUUAGUUGAGUGGCUUCAGUGACUUCAGAGAAAACUCAUCAGCAAACCUGACUUGGCAAAUUUGGACGUGCUGCGUGAAGACCAUCACCUGAUGUGGAUUAUUCUUAUAAAGACACCUCGAUGCAUCAUUGAGCAUGGCUUUGGCACCAUGGUAUCAUCGUGACAUCAGCCGUGUGCAUGCAGAGGAGCUAUUGGCCCGGGCAGGGCGGGAUGGCAGCUUUCUAGUAAGGGACAGCGAGUCUGUGCCAGGAGCCUAUGCAUUAUGCCUGUUGUUCCAGUGUCACGUUCACACCUACCGUAUUCUUCCCGAUGCGGAUGGUCUCCUGGCCGUUCAGACAACACAGGGGGUGCAGGUGAACUGCUUCCGGACCCUGGAGGACUUGGUGUUGGGCUACCAGCACCCUCAUAAGGGCCUGGUCUCUCCCCUCCUCCACCCUGUUCACCGUGAUACAGAUCAAGGAGACGAGAGCUCCGAUGAUGAGAAACUGCCUCUGGCUCCAGCUUCUGUCAGCAAUGUUUCUCUGACAGGACUGCCAGCAAAACCAGCCCUCAGUGCUCUGUUCCUGGAGAGGCUGCAAGAGCUGAACACAUCCAGUGUUGCAGGCGAGGUGAUCGGCCUGCUCAGUGACUACCUCUUGAGAGAGCUACCACUUGACAUUGAAAACAUCCAUAAAGGAGCAACAACUUUAUGUCAUCUCAAGCGGACUCUGGGUUCUGCCUGCCAGGGUUUAAACAGUGAGAUUGAUCUAACCCUCUCAAGUCUGGAAACCUUGGCGAAGGUCUUUGACCAUCCCAGCUGCUCUAUCACUUUCACCAAAGCACAGGGUCCUGAGAUGGAAAUUGACAGCCUGUUGUGUAAGAUCUCAGCUUUGGCAAACCUCCUUUCUUCACUGGAGAAAAGGGUACUAAAAGCUUUACAAGAGGCUGUUACCAAUCACAAUCUGGCUGUGCAGCCAAGCCCCCCCUUUCCUAGUAAUGUAACACAUGUAAAGAACCAUGCUGAACAACUGCCCGUCCACUCCUUUCAGGUGAAGAUGCUGAGGUACGGCAGACAAACGGUUUCAGUGGAUGUGAGUUCAGGAGUGGUUCUUUUUGACAAGAAGCUUGGCUCAUUCAGCAUAGAAAAGGUCUCACAUGCCAGAAUUCUUCAGAUUGUCAAGCUUCAGAGCACCCCAGCAAAAGUACGAUUGGUGGUUGACAGCUACCACCACACGCCGCGGGAGAUGACGUUUGAGAGUGCUCGGAAAUGUGACGCCUUCUGCCAGCUCCUGCUGUUGAUGAAGUCCAGGCAGUGUCAGAGGCUUGAACCCGAUGUGGUCUCAGUGUUUGUUGGCACUUGGAACAUGGGUGGUUCCUCCCCUCCUCGGAGCCUGCAGUCAUGGGUGGCCUGCUGUGGUUUGGGACACACUCCUGAUGAGUCUGUCGCUCUGCUUCCUCAUGACAUCUACGCUCUGGGAACGCAGGAAAACCCUCAGGGGGAAAAAGAGUGGACGGAACACAUUAAAGCAACGCUCCACAGCUGCACCCAGAUCCACUACAAACAGGUGGCAGUGCAGUCCUUGUGGAACAUGAGGCUGGCUGUGUUUGUGAAGCCAGAGCAUGAGAGUCGCAUCAGCCAUGUGAACACAGCCAGUGUGAAGACUGGCCUGGGGAACACACUGGGAAACAAGGGAGCCGUGGGGGUCUCCUUCUUCUUUGGUGGUACAUCUUUUGGGUUUGUUAACUGCCACUUGACCUCUGGAAGUGACAAAGUUCUGAGGAGGAACCAGAACUAUGUGGACAUUCUUAGACUACUUUCUCUGGGUGACAAACAUCUUUCUGCCUUUGACAUCAGCCUGCAAUUUACCCACCUCUUCUGGUGUGGUGACCUGAAUUACAGGCUGGACUUGGAUGUACAGGACAUCCUAAAACAUGUUUCCAAGAGGGAAUUUGAGGAGCUUGCUUGUGCCGACCAGCUGACCCAAGAGAGACACAAGAGGAAGGCUUUUCUCAAUUUCAAGGAAGAAAAGAUUACAUUUCCACCCACUUACCGCUAUGAAAGAGGCUCUCGAGGCUGCUAUCUAUGGCAGAAAUACAAGACAUCUGGAGUGCGAGUCAAUGUUCCAUCUUGGUGUGACAGGGUUUUGUGGAAGUCCUACCCGGAGACACACGUCGUCUGUACUGCAUAUGGUUGCACAGAUGAUAUCUUUACAAGCGAUCACUCCCCUGUUUUUGCUACAUUCCAAGUAGGGGUGACAUCACUGUUCAACUCCAAAAGAGAUUCCAGCCUGGAGAGGGCCUGGAUUGAGCUUGAAGGCAUCGAGGCCAUUGUGAAGACUGCAAGCAAGGCAAAGUUCUUCAUAGAGUUUUACUCUACUUGUCUUGAAGAGAUAUGCUGCUCCAGUGAAAAUGACUCCCAGAGCUGCUAUGUUCCUGGGUUCCUCAAGCUGGGCUGGUCCUUCAAACAGCUGCCAAAGCUUCUUCCUCUUACGUCAGACAUGGAGCAUCUUCAGGACCAGCACCUCCUGCUGUCUGUGAAAUCCUGCGAUGGCUUUGAGUCUUAUGGGGAGUGUUGUGUGGCUCUGUAUUCACUGACGGGUGCAUCAGAGAAAUUUGAGACGUUUUUGAGUCACAGGGGUGAGGAAAUGGGCUCGAUAAGAGGACGGAUCAGAGUUCAUGUGCCCAAAGACAGAAGAGCAACACGGCAAAAAAUCUACGAAUUGUUCUGUUUUGAGAGGGAUGACAAAGGUCCGGGAAGGGGCCGCAUGUCCCCUGCAGCAACUCGGAUCACAGGAAGUCGGUCCUCAGGUGUUACUCCUAAAGUUUCGUCUAGCAGCUUCACCAACCCGGCGUAUUACCUCUUUGAAGGGGUGUCAGUGCCACGCAGGGCGGAGGAAACCCUCUCCUCAAGAAAAGACCCUCAGGUGAUCUGGUCUGGCUCUGAAGCCCUCCAGCUCCCAAAAGUGUCUGAGCGUCAGGGCUUUGACCGGAGACUCCAUCGCAGAUCCGACUUUACAGAAAUUGAAAUUCCAGCCGUGCUGCCCCAGUGCUCUCUUACCAGUGACUUUCCUGCAUCCCAAACCAGUUCUUCCUAUCAGCUAUUUCCAGCUCAAAACCCGUCUCCAGUACCUCCACCCUCAAACACCCCCCACUCGCAGUCCCAGGAGCAGACCUCGCAACCCAGAGAGAAAUUUCAAGGCAAAGUUCAGAUUCCUCCGGACUGCACAAAACCUGAAAGCCCUAGUAGUACAUACAUGAACCACUCCGCAAUCAUCAGGCAGAAAAAUAGACUGGAUCAACACCAGCUUCAUCCAACACAAAACAAUGUCAUCGAAGCAAUCAAGUCACCGCCUGCUCUCCCCUACAUCCCGACUCACUUACAGAAGUGUCACUUUUCUUCUGCCUGGCCAGCAACUGCUCAGCAACCCCAUGGACCCUCUGGACCAACAGGGGACAACUCGCUCACCGCUUUGCAAAUCGCAAAGUCUCUCAGUGAAGUGAGCUUCUUUCCAGCAGAGCAGAGAAGUCCAUCCUUUCCCAGCCACAGAACCAAUUACAGAAAUGGCCCUUUCAAGCAUGGAGACCAAGGCUACAGCUGGGAGAAAGAGGUGUCGGUGCUCAGAGGUGCUCCAGAAACUGUGAGGGAGCUUCUGUGUAGUCUGGGUCUUCAGACGUACACCUAUGGACUUAGUGUCAACGGUUGGGAUGAUUUGGACUACUUCAGCGGCAUCACGGAAGAAGAUCUCUGUGCUGCUGGAGUAACAAAUCCAUCGCACCGACGCCGGAUCCUCGAGAAUCUGCCCAGGAAUUGGAACUGACAAAGAGAUUGUGGCAUUUGUGAUAAGAACAAAAACUGGAAGAACUUUCAUAACUCGUGACAGCAGAUGUACCAGAGAAAACAAUGAAGAUACAUAAACUGCACAUUGCACAUAUUAUGAUGGCUAGGAAAAGAAUGGAAAACCUUUAUGUCUGUUUACUUAUGCAUAAAAAAUGAAUACUGUAAAUAUUUAGAGACCAUUGGUAUGGUCUCCAAGUAGACUUUAAUUACAAUGACUUAGCACUUCAGUCUAAUGACUUUCCUUUUUGAUGUUUGUUUCUUCUUCAUUGCUCCUGCUGAACUUUAUCUUUUAGAAACCCUUUAAUGAAACUUCCAAGCAGGUUUGCUUGCAUUUUAUCUGAAAUGCAAGCAAGAAAAAUGUUGUGUAAAGAUCUUCAACAUGGCAGAUUAUUACUGAGUCAUACUUCCAAUCAUUUACUUAAGCAGUAGAUCUGUUUGCUGUCUGUGUUUUAUGCGAUGCUUUUAAGGCAGUCAGAGCAACACUUGACAGUCUCCAGGCAAUCAGAAGUGUUACGCUGCAGACAAAUGGCAGAGUCCAGGUCUGACAUUCAUAUUUUAGGGCACCAACCCUGGCUUGACCUCUGUUCAAUUUCUAGUAUUUUAAAAAAAAAAUAUAAACUAGGUGGUUGCUGCAAAAAUAGGGACCACAAAUUUUUCCCCCAACACCUUUAAAAUUCAUUUAAUUUGGAUGAUGGUGUAACAUCGUUGCAACAGAUUAUGAGUCUGGGUGAUUUUGCAGCUCUGUUAUUGUAGAUCCAGCAUGAAGGUGUUAAAGCAUUCCUUUACUACCUUGUUUCAUUUAUGCAUCCCAAAGAAAACAAUCUUUUGGCUUCAAAAAACAACACAAAUAUGUGUCAUAGUCUUCUUAUCACAAUUUGGCCUGAAAGUUUUCCAAAAUCAAAAUCCACACAUGCAGAUUUCAGGAGUCUUGUUAAGAAGAACAUCUACAUUUGAUGUUGCUAAUGAUGUGCAGAAGCAGCAGCUGCGAAAGCAGCCAGCAGAUGUGCUUACAUUUGUCAGUUGACAGUAGGAAUUUCGUUUCAGCAUACAGCAAUGCACAUAUGUGCUCAAGGCGGAGAGUGUCGAAACAGGUUCUUUACAGACUGGAUUGCAGUGAGGUUUCAUUUUAACAGGGAACUUUGUUCACUCAAAUGUUUUUAUGUGUCACGAUCUGUUUGCUGCAAGUGCUGACCUGUUACUACACAACCACGUAUUUUCUGCUGGAAAUAAUCAUGUUGUAGGUUGAACUCUCAAACCAGUGUUUAGAAGCUCUGUGGUUAGAUUUGAUAUCAGUGACAAAUGUAAGCGUGGUUAGGUUUUAAACAUAUUAAGACUCAAAUUGAA